ACUGUUUCACAACACUGGUAUCGCAUUAAUUUGGCACCGGGGUACCGAAAAUGCUUUUCUAUUCAAUUUGCUGCAGUAAACAAACGUGAAUAUUGCAGAAUUUAAGUUAAAUAUAAUGUGAAUAUCAUUGGAAAAUAUAAAUAAAUACAAAAAUGGCAGUGAAUGACACAAUGCAAUUUAACACAUUUAGAAGUUAUGUUACUGUUCUCGGUGACGCCGCUGCUAAGGAAGAAAUAAAACUAAAAGCGGCUCAAGAACUUAGCGAAAACUUCGAAUACAUUAUACAAAGCGCAUCUUAUCCUUCAUUUCUGGAACACUCCCUCAAAGUCUUUAUGAGAAUUUUACAAGAAGGGGAACCUCAAUAUAUUCAAGAAAAUGCUGGUCACCAUGUCCGAAAGCUUAUACUGGAAAUGAUUCAUCGACUACCCAUAAGCGAGAACUUACGGCAACAUGUGAAACCAAUUAUUUCUUUAAUGUUAAGAAUUUUACGUGUUGAUAAUGAAGAAAAUGUUUUGAUUUGUCUUCGAAUUAUAAUUGAAUUACAUAAACAUUACAGACCAUCGUAUAAUCCUGAGAUUCAACAUUUUUUAAAUUUUGUUAAGGAGAUAUACGUCAAUCUUCCAAAUCAUAUGGAUAAGAUAUUUGAUCCCACGCAAACAAUACGAAUAAAAGAAGUCAAGGACUUAAAUAUUGAACACUUGCUUUUAGAAACAUAUGCUACCAGAGCAGUUCAAAUUGAAAAUCCAAUAGAUUCAGUGACGUUUUCGCACGUGGUAAGUCCGAAUAAUUUCAAUCUGCUGCCAAAAGGAAUAUUAUCUCUAAGAGUAUUACAAGAACUUCCAAUCAUAGUUGUUUUAAUGUACCAGAUAUAUAAAAAUGCUGUACAUCAAGAAGUGGCAGAAUUUAUUCCUCUUAUCAUGCAUACAAUCAACUUGCAACCCAAUCCUCAACAAAGAAACUCUCCCCAUUUUAACAAGGAGAUUUUUGUAGACUUUAUGGGAGCACAAAUCAAAACUCUUUCAUUUUUAGCCUAUAUUGUACGAAUAUUUCAGGAUAUUGUUCAAAAUCAUGCUGAAAGUGUAACCAGUGGUUUACUAAAUUUGAUGCAAUUAUGUCCAAAGGAAGCUGCACAUUUACGAAAAGAAUUACUUAUUGCAGCUCGACAUAUAUUUGCGACUGAUUUGCGAAUGGAAUUUAUACCAAAAAUUGAGCAACUUUUCGACGAGGACUUAUUAAUUGGUAAAGGCGUAACUCUUGAAUCAAUACGUCCAUUAGCUUAUUCAACGUUAGCUGAUCUUGCUCAUCAUGUUCGGCAAAGUUUAAACUUAAAUGUUUUGGAAAAAGCAGUAAAUUUAUUUUCAAAAAAUGUGCAUGAUGAAUCUCUUGCAAUUGGAAUACAGACAAUGUCUUGCAAACUAUUACUAAAUUUGGUAGAUUGUAUUAGACAACAAAGUGAUUUAGAUCCUGCUAAGGCACGGAACAUUUUAUUAGUUUUACUUAAAGUAUUUGCAUAUAAAUUUAAAAUAAUUGCAAAGGUUCAUUUACCUUUAUUAAUGCAAAAAUGGAAGGGACAAAAUACUACAACGAAUGCUAAUUCAUCUCCUUCGUCUGCAUACGGUAUGGAUUGCAAGGAACCCGUAGUGGAAAAUUUUACAUCAGAAAUAAAAUCGAAUUCGACAACAAAUGGGAAUCAUUGGACAUGUUCUGUAAAUAUAGUAGAAUAUAGAAGUCUAGUUAAAACUUUAGUAGGUGGCGUCAAAACCAUAACUUGGGGAUUUACAAACUCUAAAUUUAUAAAUCCUGAAGCACAAAGACCCAAUGAAGAUAAAUUGUUCAGAUCAGAAGAAUUACUGAUAUAUAUUAAUCUAGUAUAUUGGGCUAUGGAAGCAUUAGAUAUAUAUAUAAUUAAUGUUGGUAACACAACACAACAAAGACCCACAGGACCGGGUCCAAAAUCGAAAGAAGAGAAAGAAGUUUUGGAACAUUUUAGUGGAGUUUUUCUAAUGAUGCAUCCACAGAAUUUUCAAGAAAUAUUUGCUUCAACUAUUGAUUAUAUGGUUGAGAGAAUUCAUAAAAAUUCAUCUCUUCAAGUAAUUGCUAAUUCUUUCCUCGCGAAUCCUGCAACAUCACCACUGUUUGCUACCGUGUUAGUAGAAUUUUUGCUAGGAAAAAUGAAUGAAAUGGGUUCAACACAAGAACGCUCAAAUUUGUAUUUACGUCUAUUUAAAUUGGUAUUUGGGAGUGUAAGUUUAUUUCCAGUAGAAAAUGAGCAAAUGCUUAGACCACAUUUACAUAAUAUCGUUAACCGUUCCAUGGAGUUAGCAUUAUCAGUAGAAGAACCUUAUAAUUACUUUUUACUUUUGCGUGCACUCUUCCGUUCAAUUGGUGGAGGCAGUCAUGAUUUACUUUAUCAAGAAUUUUUGCCACUACUACCAAAUCUAUUGGAAGGUUUAAAUCGUUUACAAAGUGGAUUUCAUAAACAACAUAUGAAAGAUCUAUUUGUAGAGUUAUGUCUUACAGUUCCUGUACGAUUAUCGUCGUUACUUCCAUAUCUGCCAAUGUUAAUGGAUCCUCUAGUUUCAGCACUUAAUGGAUCUCCAACGUUAGUCAGUCAGGGUUUAAGAACUUUAGAACUUUGUGUAGAUAACCUUCAACCAGACUUUUUGUACGAUCAUAUACAACCGGUUCGUGCCGCAUUAAUGCAAGCACUUUGGAAAACAUUGAGAAAUCAAGAUAGUGCUGCACUAGUUGCGUUCCGUGUACUUGGAAAGUUUGGUGGUGGAAAUAGAAAAAUGAUGGUCGAACCACAAGUUCUACAGUACUCUGAGAGUGAGAAGUUACCAAUAUCUAUUGUGACGUACUUUCAGGAACAUGAAAGACCAAUUGAUUUUCCUGUAGAUAAAACAAUUGAAAUUGCAUUUAACGCACUUAGAGUCAAUACUACAGAUCCAUUUUACCGAAGACAAAGUUGGGAAGUAAUUCGAUGCUUUUUGGCUGCAUCUAUAAGUUUAGAUGACGAUAAACUAACUAUACAAAAAUUAUUUAUGCAUCCUAGUUUUACUGAAAGCAACAUCGUUAAUUGGUCAAUGUUACCGAAUCAAAAUGAAGAAGCGCAAGCUAGAAAAACCCAUCAAGUCGCUUUAACUGGUAUGAUUGUUGCAUCAGCUACAAAGGAUCUAAGGGAUUCCGCUUUCCCAGUUAUGGCUGCUGUUGUGCGUCAUUAUACUAUGGUUGCAAUUACUCAACAAGCCGGUCCGUUUCCUUAUAAACAUUGCAAUUUGAGCAAUUGUAUCGAUCCAAUGGUUCUUAUUGAUGCAUUAGCUGUUUGCAUGGGUCAUGAAGAAAAAGAACUAUGCAAACCAGGUACAUUAUGUAUGGGUAUUAUAUUGGAAACUGCUACAAAUAUAAUGGGUAAUAGAGAAAGGGCUUGUAGAUUACCUUUAAUGCAGUAUUUAGCAGAAAAAAUGACUUCGUUGUGUUAUGAACGGCCUUGGUAUGCUAAAGUUGGAGGCUGCAAAGCAAUACAAUUUAUGUAUCAACAUAUGUCGUUAAAAUAUUUAUACCAACAUUUAUUUACGUUCCUUAAAGCUUUUAUGUUUGUAUUGGUUGAUUUAGAAGCUGAAGUUUCAAGUGGAGCCAUUGAAAUAGCUAAGUCAUACUUGAGAACAAUGUUGGAAAUUUGUAUUACACCUUUCGAAAAUGUACCUAAAAAUGAGGAAAUAAUUUCAAUACAAAAAAAAGCAACUCAUGAAGUUAUACAUGAACUAGUUAGACAAAUUACUAGCCCGAAUUCCUUACUUCGAAAAGAAGCUAUGGAAUCAUUAAGAUAUAUUGCACAAUUACAAAACCAAUCUGUCGCAGACAUAAUGGAUCCACAUAAAGAAGUUCUAGCAGAUAUUAUACCACCAAAAAAACAUUUAUUGAGGCAUCAACCAGCAAAUGCUCAAAUUGGAUUGAUGGAAGGUAAUACAUUUUGUACCACGUUGGAACCACGGCUAUUUACUAUAAAUUUAAAAAAUAGUUAUCACAAACUGUUUUUCCAUGAAUUAAUUACACUUAGUGAGGCUGAGGAUACUACACUAACGAAAUUAGAUUGUUAUAAAAAUGUGGGUAAUCUUAUUCCAUUACGAAAAGCAGCUUUACGUGCUCUUGCUGCUUGCCAUUAUAUAACUGACAGUCAAUAUAAAGAAAAAAUCAUAAAUAUACUUUUUAAAGUGAUGGAAAACAGUAAAUCGGAUUUACAAGAAGCAGCGUUUAAAUGUAUGCAAUUAUUUAUAUCUGGUAUUCAGAUGGAUAAAGAAAAGGGUUAUGCCGGAAUGCGUCCUUUACUUUUAACAUUAGGAGAUCACAGGAAUUUAUCCUUAACUACGACUAAACGGCUUUCAUAUUUCACACAAUUAUUUCCACAAAUGUUUAAUGAUAAAUUAAGUGAACAGAUACUGCAACAUUGUCAGAAGCUAUUAGAGAUAACUGUUUCUAAUUGCAUAAAGAAAGGUGGAAACUUUUUCUCAAUAUCGAAAAGUGAUGAAUAUGAGCAGAUAAUAGUAACUUUAAUUGAGAUGUUUCAUCAAAUUUCCGCAGCAACGCCUAAAUUUAUUGAAAGUCUUUGUCAAUUGGUAUUGCAAACAGAAAAUAGUUUAAUGAUUGAAUCAUCAAGUCCAUAUCGGGAUGCGCUUAUUAAAUUCCUUUUGCGUUUUCCUGUCGAAACUGUUGAUCUAUUUCUUUCUGAUGCAAUUGUUGUUAAUGAGCAGUGGAAUCGGUUUUUCAUUUAUUUGCUACGAAGCAAGUCAGGACAAACAUUUAGUAAUGUUAUUAAAUCACAACGCUGCAAUACAUUAAUAAAAUUAAUUAAUAUUGAAAUUACUUCGAAUGAUCAACUAACUGAAUCACAAAAAUACACAGCUCAAAAGCAAUCGAUACUUAUUAUCUAUACUAUUAUGAAAGGCGAUAAUCAAUGGAUACCAACUAAGAAUGAUAUAAUAAGUACAUUAAAGCGGCUUUGGCAACAAAAUCUUUACAAAACGUGUAAUGAUAAUGUCGCUUGCGAUAUGUGGCAUUUAGUUGGAAAAAUUUUGUUGUGUUAUUUUUCACACAACACAAAUGAUAUAGACUUACUUUUUCAAUUACUCCGAGCUCUAUGUUUACGUUUCAUACCAGAUUUUUAUUUUUUGCGUGAAUUUUUACAAAAUACCGUUGCACAUAGCUUUACUGUACAUUGGAAACGAGAUGCCUUUUUUCAUUUUGUUAAAAAUUUCAAUAGUCCAGCUCUGUCGAGUGAACUGAAAGCAAAAAUUAUUACAACUGUACUUAUACCUUGCUUCGUUGUUAGCUUCGAUAAGGGCGAAGAAACAAAAUUGAUCGGUGCACCACCAGCUCCCUACCAUGAAGAUGAUAACAAUAUCGUAUCAGUAUUUAUUAGCAAGAUUUUUGAUCCAGAUAAACCUAUAGCGAAUGAUGAUGUCGUCAGAAUUGCACUUUUGCAACUUGCGUGUUUGUUAGUUGAAAGAGCUUCACACCACAUACACGAUGGUGAUGCUAGCAAUAAACGACAGGGAAAUAAACUACGCCGACUAAUGACCUUUGCUUGGCCGUGUCUACUCGUUAAGAAUUCAGUUGAUCCCACAGCGCGAUAUCAUGGACAUUUGCUUCUAGCUCAUAUUAUCGCUAGAUUGGCAAUUCACAAAAAAAUUGUUUUACAAGUUUUUCACUCGUUAUUAAAAGGUUACGCUGUUGAAGCGCGUCCUGUAGUACGCCAAGCUUUAGACGUCCUAACCCCUGCAAUGCCGCUGCGUAUGGAAGAUGGCAAUACAAUGCUUACUCAUUGGACAAAAAAAAUUAUUGUAGAGGAGGGGCAUACUAUGCAACAAUUAUUUCACAUAUUACAACUUAUAGUUCGUCACUAUAAGGUCUAUUUUCCUGUUCGCCACCAGUUAGUACAACAUUUAAUUAAUUAUAUGCAAAGAUUAGGAUUCCCGCCAAAUGCAUCUAUAGAACAUAAAAAACUCUCUGUAGAUCUUGCAGAAGUGGUAAUAAAAUGGGAACUUCAGUGUAUCAAAGAUAAUGAAAUAAAGAAAGAAGAAAUGGAAGUAGAUAAUAAAAAUAAAAUUCAGAGUGAGAUCGCCUUAAAGCGUGCUUCCGCAGAUGACCUAAUCGAACAACGUAAAAAGGCACCAACUCCAGAUAAUAGCAACAGCAAAGGUGCACAAUCAUCUACCAGUGGAGGGGUACCAACAUCUGCGGUUGUUAAAACUGAAGAAGUUUCACGUUCAAUAGAAAAAUUGCACUGUGACACAGUGCUUAACUUUCUCGUACGUCUUGCUUGUCAUGUAAAUGAGGCUACUCCUGGGUUAAUUAAUGCCGGAGAGGGUUUAUCACGAAGAUGCAUAAUGUUACUUAAAAUGGCAAUGCGCCCAGACGUAUGGAUACAACCGUUUGACAUGAAAUUGAAUUGGAUGGAUAAAGUUCUUGCCACCGUAGAGGGACAGCAAUUCAAUGCCAGCAAUGUUUGUGUUGCUAUUGAUUUCUUAACAUUUUUAACAACAAUUCUAAAUAAAGAUCAUCUUAUAUUAAUCAUAAGACCCAUACAACGAGGAUUAUCUGCAUGUGUUGUUCAUCAAAAUGCUCGUAUUGUACGUGUAAUGCACACAUUCUUAACGCGGUUAAUGGCAAUUUUUCCUCCUGACUCUUCACAUAAGCACAAAGAUUUUGAGGAACUUUAUGCAACCAUUAGCAAAAUGAUUAUUGAAAAUUUAUCAUAUUAUGAAAAAAGCGCUCAGCCGAAUGCUGCAACACUCUAUAGUACAUUAAUGAUUUUAAAAUCAUGUUGUAGUAGCAACUCUAGUUAUAUUGACCGCAUCAUUUUGCAGUUUAUACGCGUAUUAAAUCGUUUAACCAAAGAUCAUAUCAAUGCACAAGCUAAUACUACAGCACCCCCGCCUGCUCCAGAAGGAAACCAUAUAGCACUCGAAUUACUAAUAAUAUCAUUGGAUUUGAUAAAGAAUAGAGUUAGCAUUAUGGGUGUUGAAGUACGAAAAUUGUUUAUAGGUAGCAUAUUAGUAAGCCUAAUAGAAAAAAGUUCUGAUGCAAAGAUUAUGAAAUGCAUUGUUAAAAUGUUGGACGAUUGGAUACGUACUAGGGAGCAAAAUUAUUUGAUGCAAAUACCCUCUAUAAGAGAGAAAUCUGUACUUCUAAUGAAGUUAAUGCAAUAUAUGGAGAAGAAAUUUCCUGAUGAAACUGAAUUAAAUAUUCAAUUUUUAGAAAUUGUUAAUUAUAUAUACCGAGAUGACUAUAUGAAGCAAACAGAGCUUACAUCAAAACUUGAAGGAGCGUACCUAACUGGGUUACGUUGUCAAAACCCACAAAUUCGAGCAAAAUUCUUUGAAAUUCUAGAUGCAUCGAUGAGACGUCGUUUACAUGAUCGUCUUUUAUAUAUCAUAUGUUCACAAGCUUGGGACUCGAUUGGCACCCACUAUUGGAUUAAACAAUGUAUCGAGUUAAUAGUUCUUACAGCAAAUACGAUGUGUCAAAUACAAAACUCAAAUGAAACGCAUAAAAUUCCCAGUAUUACUUCAGUUAUAAAUUCAGCUGAUAAUGAGAUGAAAAGUAGUUUUGUCAUUUAUGCAUCUUCUCAAAAUGAUCUAUUCGAUACAGAUAUGAGUACUGAUGAUAAGGACGAUAUAUUUGAUGUUAAUUUUAAUAUUAAUUUUAAUGUUAAUCGCAGAGAAGAAACAGAUGAGAUAUUAGCUACAAGGCAAGAAAACCUUGGUAAACUUAUUCAUAAGCAAAUUGAAUUUCUAGAGGCUAAUCGCAAAAUAAGAACUGAUCAAUUUCUCGUUGCUACUUCUCAAUUAUGUCAUAUGGAGAGAGAAUUAGCAGAAAGUGUUUGGUUGGAAAUUUUUCCCCGUUUUUGGAAAAUUUUCGAGGAGGAACAACGCAUUGCAAUAGUCAGAGAAAUUGUGCCAUUCUUGUCUUCUGGUACAAAUGUUAUUCAGAAAGAUUGUUGUCCAAGCGCGCUUAAUACCUUUGUUGAAGCAUUGACGUAUUGUGAUCCACCCAUUUACAUACCUCCAAAUUUAAUAGUACAUUUGGGUAAGGCACAUAAUUUAUGGCAUAGAAUGACUUUAGUAUUGGAACAAAUGGCCGAGCAACAAAAUGCGAGUUCUAUCGAAAAUGCAGAUAUAAAGUCUAUCGAAAAUAAACCUAAUGCAAAAUGUGGGGAGAUAUAUGAUGCUCUAUCGCAAAUGUACACAGCGAUACAAGAAGAAGAUCUCUGGGCAGGUUUAUGGCAGAAAUAUGCUGUUUAUAAUGAAACGAAUAUAGCUAUUGCAUACGAACAAAUGGGAUUCUUUGAAGAGGCACAAGGUGCUUAUGACAUAGCGAUGUCCAAAUACAAGCAAGACUUAUUAAACGGUCCAGGUGAUAUUACACUUAACAGUGAGUUGUUGCUAUGGGAAAAUCAUUGGAUACGUUGUGCUAAAGAACUGAAUCAGUGGGAUAUAUUAUUAGAUUAUGCACAAACAAAUAAGGAAAAAAAUAUGUUUUUAAUAUUGGAAAGUGCUUGGCGUGUACCAGAUUGGAAUCUUAUGAAGAAUGCAUUAAUAAAAAUCGAACAAUCAUUUGGCAAACAAUACGGAUACAAAAUAAACCUUUAUAAAGGGUUUUUGGCAAUUCUUUACAUGGAAGAACGUCAAAUAUCUAAUGUAGAUCGCUAUGUUGAAAUCGCAUCUGGAUUGUGUAUGCGAGAGUGGAGAAGACUUCCGCAUAUUGUAUCUCAUAUGCAUUUGCAAUAUUUACAAGCGGCACAACAAAUAAUGGAAUUACAUGAAGCAAGUCAAAUACAUCAAGGAUUGAUACAAUCACGUUGUUCAUCUUUUCAUGACAUGAAAGCAAUUGUUAAAACGUGGAGAAAUCGUCUUCCAGUUAUUGCAGAUGAUUUAUCACAUUGGAGUGAUAUUUUUACAUGGAGACAACAUCAUUAUCAAACUAUUACACAACAUUUGGAGCAACAACCAGAUCAAGGCAAUAUUAUGCUCGGUGUACAUGCGUCGGCACAAGCAAUAAUAUAUUUUGGCAAAAUUGCAAGAAAACAGGGAUUAACUGGAGUAUGUCAAGAAACUCUAUCUCGCAUAUAUACAAUACCAUCUGUACCAAUACUUGAUUGCUUUCAGAAAAUUCGUCAACAAGUUAAAUGUUAUUUACAAAUGCCUCCAUCAGCCGGCAGGAGUGAACUUAAUGAAGCACUAGAGGUUAUUGAGUCUACUAAUCUGAAAUAUUUUACUGCUGAUAUGAAUGCUGAGUUUUAUGUUCUAAAAGGAAUGCUUUUAUCACAAAUUGGUAGAAGUGAUGAAGCUGGUAAAGCUUUCAGUGCAGCGGUACAGUUACACGAUGGACUGACAAAAGCUUGGGCAAUGUGGGGAGAGUAUAUGGAGCAGUUAUUUUUACGUGACCAACAAACAGUUUUAGUUGUCAGUGCUUUAACUUGCUUCCUGCAUGCAUGUCGACAUCAAAGUGAAAGUAAAGCUCGAAAGUAUAUCGCUAAAGUGUUAUGGUUUUUGUCAUAUGAAAACAGCGCAGGCACUAUAAUGAAUACUUUAGAAAAAUAUGUGGUUGGCAUACCGUCUUCAUAUUGGUUGCCAUGGAUACCACAAUUGCUAUGCUGUUUGGUACAAUAUGAUGGAAAUGUAAUUAGAAAUCUCUUGAGCCAUGUUGGUCGUUUAUAUCCGCAGGCUGUGUAUUUCCCGAUAAGAACUUUAUAUUUUACUUUAAAAAUUGAACAACGUGAAAAGCAUAAAUCUGUUGAGCAAGCAGUAUCUGCCGUUAAGAAUAACCCUCCUCAAACGGAGAACCCAACGCAAACACCUUUCACAACAUUGCCUCAGACGAUGCCAGCAACGCCAUCAGUCAAUCCAAUCAAAGCAACUCCUUCUAUGUGGCGGUGUUCUAAAGUUAUGCAAUUUCAACGUGAAAUUCAUCCAACAAUUUUAAGUUCAUUAGAAGGUAUAGUUGAUCAAAUGGUUUGGUUUAGAGAAAGUUGGACUGAAGAAGUUUUAAGGCAAUUACGGCAGGGCCUAAUAAAAUGUUACGCUAUUGCUUUUGAGAAUAGAAGUACAGUAAGCGAAGCCACUAUAACGCCACAUACACUGCAUUUUGUUAAAAAACUUGGUUCGACGUUUGGUAUUGGUAUUGAAAAUAUUCCACCUAGAUCAGUUACCUCUUCGAUUUCAACAUCCGCAACAUCGGAAUCACUUGCUCGCAGAGCGCAAGUAACAUUCCAAGAUCCAGUUUUUCAAAAAAUGAAAGAACAAUUUACAAAUGAUUUUGAUUUUUCUAAACCAGGAGCUAUGAAACUACAUAAUCUUAUAUCUAAAUUGAAGACAUGGAUUAAAGUAUUAGAAACUAAAGUAAAAAAGUUACCAACAUCAUUUUUGAUUGAGGACAAAUGCAGAUUUUUAUCAAACUUUAGUCAAAAAACAGCCGAAGUUGAAUUACCUGGUGAAUUAUUAAUACCAACUUCAUCGCAUUAUCAUAUACGUAUAGCACGGUUUAUGCCACGUGUGGAAAUAGUACAAAAAAAUAAUACAGCCGCUCGACGUCUGUAUAUUAGAGGCACAAAUGGAAAGGUUUAUCCAUACUUAGUAAUAAUUGAUACUGGAUUAGGAGAUGCGCGUCGUGAAGAACGUGUUUUGCAAUUAAUGCGUAUGCUUAAUUGCUAUUUAGAGAAGCAAAAGGAAACAGCUAGACGGUUUUUGAAUAUGACAGUACCCAAAGUAGUACCCAUAUCUCCUCAAAUGCGAUUGGCAGAGGAUAACCCAGCAAGUAUAUCCCUAAGAGAAAUUUUCAAAAACUGCUGUUUAAAGUUAAAAAUGGAUCAUGAUGCACCAAUUGUAAAAUAUUACGAUCGACUGUCAGAAGUACAAUCGAGAGGAACUCAAACAACUCAUACUGUGUUAUGCGACAUAUUUUGUGAAAUUCAAUCAAUUAUGGUACCGAUAAAUUUAAUUAAAAAUUGGGCGUUUAAGAAUUUUUCAUCAGCUACAGAUUUUUGGCAGUUUCGUAAAAUGUUAACAUUACAACUUGCAUUAGCGUACUUAUGUGAACAUGCUCUACAUCUUACACGUUUAAAUCCCGAUAUGAUGUAUUUGCAUCAGGACUCUGGAUUAAUGAAUAUAUCUUAUUUUAAAUUUGAUAUUAAUGAUGAGCAAGAUGUACUCGAAUCAAGUAGACCUGUUCCAUUCCGUUUGACUCCAAAUAUAGCUGAGUUUGUUACAAAUAUUGGCAUUAAUGGCCCAUUGUCAGCUGCUAUUGUUGCUACAGCGCGAUGCUUUGUACAACCAAAUUUCAAAAUUUGCUCCAUUCUUAAAGCGAUAUUAAAAGAUGAAAUAAUUAACUUGCAUAAGAAAAGGCUUCGUGAAACAAAACCAGUUAGUGACUCCAAUGAUGAUAAUUCAAACGAAAUGAACUCCAUGAGUAAUAUUAUACAUACAGUUAAUAAAGCUGUAAGUGUCAUAAUGAAAAGACUAAGUAAUAUCUCAUAUUUCGAUAAUAUGGAUGCCAAAAAAGUUUCCAUACUUAUACAAUCUGCUGUAAAUGUAGAUAAUUUAUGCCGCAUGGAUCCAGCUUGGUAUCCAUGGUUGUAAACACUUUAAAAUUAAUUUAUUAUGAUUUAAAUAUUUAAAUUGAAGAUAUAUAAUAUGAAAAAACCCGU